CCGCGCACUCGUGGAAGGCACGGGUUACCAUCGCAUUCUGUGAGCAAUCCCUCCGGGAGUACGCCAUCCCCGCUCCAAGAUUCCGACCUAACUCCCGGCGAUCUCGCCUCCUUUCGGCACGAUACAAGGAAAUUGGCACACGGCGAGAGAAGAAUCCUCUCGCUUAUCUUCUUCUUCUCUCUCCUAGGGUGUGUGUGAAUGGAUCAAUGGAAGCCCUCUGAAGGUUUCUUCCCGGACCCGGCCCAGGCGGAGCUCCAGGACAACGGCUUCCAUCGCGCCUCCGACGACCUCUGCCAACACCCUGCUCGGUUGCCGGAUCCGAGUCAAAGGGUGGAUCAAGAUGUAAAGGAUUCGAUUGCUGCACGAAAGGUUCAGAAAGCUGACCGUGAAAAACUGAGGAGGGAUCGACUAAAUGAACAAUUCUUGGAGUUGGGAAAUGCGCUAGACCCAGAUCGACCAAAAAAUGACAAGGCAACCAUCCUUGCUGAUACGAUCCAGAUGCUGAAAGACUUGACUGCCCAGGUGAACAGAUUGAAAGCCGAAUAUACUUCACUUUCUGAAGAAUCACAUGAGUUGACUCAAGAGAAGAAUGAGCUCAGAGAAGAGAAAGCAGCUUUAAAGUCGGAAAUUGAUAAUCUGAAUGCUCGGUAUCAGCAAAGGCUUCGCGUUUUGUAUCCAUGGGCUGCAAUGGACACUUCAGUCAUUAUGGGCCCACCCCCUGCAUAUCCAUUCCCGAUGCCAGUUCCAAUUCCAUCCGGUCCAAUCCCCAUUCACCCCUCACUACAGCCUUAUCCUUUCUUCCGGAAUCAGAACCCUGGAACCAUUCCAAAUUCUUGUUCGACCUAUGGACCAUAUGCUCACCCCUGCAAUGUCCAAGUUGAACAGCCUACCACUCAAUGCAUCCCUCCACAUCCACACCCAAGUGGUAACAAGUCUCAUAGUGGAAGCCGACAAGAUUCUAGAAGCAAAUCAUCUGAUCGGCAGCAACGAAGCUGUGGAGAAAGAAGUGAUGAUAUUAGUGAUGUUGCAACAGAGCUAGAACUGAAGACUCCUGGAUCUGCUGUCCCCUCUUCUCAUUCAAAAGAAGCAAAUGAUCAGGAUUUGUCUUCUGAAGUAAGGAAAGGGAAGCAAUGGCCAUCAGAGAGGAAGGGAAGUGGCUGUUCUGAUGGGAGCAGUUCAAGCAGAUGUUCUUCCUGUGGUGUUGUGCCAGACAGCUCUUCCAAUAGUGUUGCAGAUAGCUCAGUAUCUAAAAAUUAAUACUUUCUGGUCUGCAGAUGAUCCUGGUUUGCUGCCUGCAAAUUCUGGUAUGAUGACUAUAGCAUUGGAUGUGGGGCCCUCUUGCUGUGUGCUUUGUGUUUCGCAAGUUGAUUUUUUGAGACAAGUGUAUGACUGCUGGCAAGAUCAACAAGAAAACCAUCAAAUGAACUGCAGCUGAUUUAAAGAGGCUUUUCCAGUUUCACAUUCUGAAAUAUUUGUAGUUACACAUUAACAGCUAAAGUCAUCAUGCGUAAUUCAGACUGUGAAAGCGCGGAUGGCUUACAAAAUCAGUUGCAGUUUGUUAGAUGAUUUCCUGUUUAAUUUUGCUGGCAGUUGUAUUCUUGUCUCCAAGAACUAACUUGGGGGACACUGAAUGCAUGCAGAAAGAUCCGACCAGAGAUUUAGUCAUGAUACUCGAAUGCUCUGGAUGUUUUUAAUGCAACAUAGAUUUUCAAAAAAAUCAGGCAGAAAUAGAAUGAUUCACGAGUAAAGUUACAUUGAUCAGGCUAACUAACAUUACAGCGGUCCCAGGCUGCGGGUUGAACUAGCCAGGAAACUCCAAACAUAUCCAGAACCUUUAAGAAUAGGCAAUUUGUUUGUAAUUUUAUUUUGUAAAUGGCUAAUCGUGUUUAUCACUAUGUUCCCCAGCUGUUUGUUUACAUAUAAUUAUCUACGUAAUACUCAGUUCUGUUUCUGUGCUAAUGCAACAUGCCAGAUGCUGUGGCUCGCUUGUUCGAGUAAAUGUGCCAUUCACUCGU